AGUUCCCUCCAUCCCUGGCCUGGGACAGCACCUCCUCCAGGAAGCCUGCACUGACUCCCAUUUCCAGGAGCCCACCCUCAGUGCUCCAUCAAGCCCUCCACUGGGGUAUAUAUGGGUGGCCCUGAAUUUCCUGAGCUUGCUUGCCUGUCCCUUGAUCUUGACUGAUUCCCCCUUAGCAUCCCAGCCCUAGAUCCCAUCUCUAGAUAGAUCUAUCCCCUGUGCCUUGCAUAUAAUAUGAGCUCAGUGGCUAUGCAUCAAUGAAUGAAUGAAUGAGUGAAGAGUGAGUGAGUGGGUGAGUGAGUGAAUGCAUCAGUGAAUUCCCAGACUGCCAGGGUAUGCAUCCCCUGGCGAGGAGGGGGAGGCCUGCAAGGGUUAACCGGGAGCCCGCCUGUGGUCUGAGGUAAGCAGGGAGCGUAUUUGUUCAGGUAAAUAAGGAAGGAUUACUUAUAAUGGGAAAUCAGGCCCUGGCCAACUCUUCAUCUCACAGCUGCCUGACUUCCUCCCAGCACAUUCCUCCACUCUGACCGUGCCUAUACCGCCUUGCAGACCCAGUCCCCAGAGCCAACCGUGGCCCUAUGUAAGCCCCUCUGGUUGGGUUUUGCCGCAGUGCCAACAGGUAGCCCUGGGCUGGGGGCAAGAGGGCUCCCCAUAGGGCACGCAGCCCUGAGACCUCAGAGGACCACCCCUGCAGGGUGGCCAGGCCCCCAGCGGCCCACCCGACUGUCACCUCUGUCCCCAGCCCCACUGGUCCCUGGUCCCACUGGCACCCCAGAUGCCUGGCUGAGCUCCAGCGGUAGCCUAAGCUGCCCACACCUCCCCCUGGCCCCCAAGGUUGGCACUGCAGUGGACGACCCUUUGGGCACCAGACAGCUAACUGACGCAACCGCCAGCCCAGGCCGCAGCAGCAUGGGCAGCACCAGCCCAGGCCUGAGCAGUGCGCCCCCCAGCCGCCCCCUGCUGCCCCCUGAUGUGGUGCUGCGGACAGGCCUGGAGAAGGCGGCAGUGGGAGCACUGGGGCCUGAGAGACGGGACUGGAGCCCCAGCCCACCUGCCACACCUGAGCAGGGCCUGUCCACCUUUUACCUCUCCUACUUUGACAUGCUGUACCCUGAGGACAGCAGCUGGGCAGCCAAGGGCCCGGGGGCCAGCACUCGGGAGGAGCCACCUGAGGAGCCAGAGCAGUGCCCAGUCAUCGACAGCCAGGCCCCCGGGGGCAGCCUGGACUUGGCACCAGGGGGGCUGACCCUGGAGGAACACUCGCUGGAGCAGGUGCAGUCCAUGGUGGUGGGCGAGGUGCUCAAAGACAUCGAGACAGCCUGCAAGCUGCUCAACAUCACCGCAGACCCCGUGGACUGGAGCCCUGGCAACGUGCAGAAGUGGCUCCUGUGGACAGAGCACCAGUACCGGCUGCCGCCUGUGGGCAAGGCCUUCCAGGAGCUGGGGGGCAAGGAACUGUGUGCCAUGUCGGAGGAGCAGUUCCGCCAGCGCUCACCCCUGGGAGGGGACGUGCUGCACGCCCACCUGGACAUCUGGAAAUCAGCGGCCUGGAUGAAAGAGAGGACUUCACCUGGGGCGAUUCACUACUGCGCCUCCACCAGCGAGGAGGGCUGGACCGACAGUGAGGUGGACUCGUCCUGCUCUGGGCAGCCCAUCCACCUAUGGCAGUUCCUCAAGGAGCUGCUGCUCAAGCCCCACAGCUACGGCCGCUUCAUCCGGUGGCUGAACAAGGAGAAGGGCAUCUUCAAAAUUGAGGACUCCGCCCAGGUGGCCCGGCUGUGGGGCAUCCGCAAGAACCGUCCUGCCAUGAACUAUGACAAGCUGAGUCGCUCCAUCCGCCAGUAUUACAAGAAGGGCAUCAUCCGGAAGCCGGACAUCUCCCAGCGCCUCGUCUACCAGUUCGUGCACCCCAUCUGA